CUUUCCAAGACUUAUUUUAACAUACAAAACAAGGCUCUAAUUUACAAACUGCUCAUCAAAAGAGAGAAGGGAAAAAAAAAGGAGGUAAAGAUGUCAACAGCUUCUUCGUUGUGUUCAUCAACUCAAGUUAAUGGCUUUGGAGGGGGACUUAGGCUCCCAAGAACCCACCUUUCUCAACCCAAGUCCCUUACUUUUACAAGGAGUAGAAUCGCUACGGUAGUGAAGGCAACAUCUCGACUCGAUAAAUUCUCAAAAAGCAAUAUCAUUGUGUCUCCAUCUAUUCUCUCCGCUAAUUUUGCAAAGUUGGGAGAGCAGGUGAAAGCAGUAGAAGUGGCAGGCUGUGACUGGAUACAUGUUGAUGUAAUGGAUGGCCGAUUCGUUCCGAACAUCACGAUUGGACCUCUUGUGGUUGAUGCCUUACGACCUGUUACAGACCUUCCGCUAGAUGUGCAUCUGAUGAUUGUGGAACCAGAGCAGCGAGUUCCUGAUUUUAUUAAGGCUGGAGCAGACAUAGUCAGUGUCCAUUGUGAGCAAUCGUCAACCAUCCAUUUGCAUCGUACAGUUAAUCAAAUAAAAAGUCUGGGUGCUAAAGCAGGAGUCGUCUUAAACCCUGCCACCCCACUUACAUCGAUAGAAUACGUACUUGAUGUGGUGGAUCUAGUGUUGAUCAUGUCAGUCAACCCUGGCUUUGGUGGGCAGAGCUUUAUCGAGAGUCAGGUGAAGAAAAUCUCCGACUUGAGACGAUUGUGUGCAGAGAAGGGUGUUAAUCCUUGGAUCGAAGUUGAUGGUGGUGUUGGUCCAAAAAAUGCAUACAAGGUUAUUGAGGCAGGUGCAAAUGCUCUAGUGGCUGGUUCAGCUGUAUUUGGUGCCAAAGACUAUGCUGAAGCAAUUAGAGGAAUCAAAACCAGCAAAAGGCCGGAAGUGGUGGCGGUGUGAUUGUGCCGCCGAAGAUAUCCGAUCGGCUCCGAUGUAUAAUAUCUGUAUUUUACAUUCACAUGUAUGUUGCCCCUCUUAACUUGAUAGAAUUUUGUUGGAUUGUGUAUGCUCCUCGGAUUGCAUGAAUCCUCUGCUAUACAUGACUCAGACUGAUUCAUUAAGGAUAACCGGAAUUGAAAUUGAAUAUCAUUUUUUAUCCUCCA